UGCAACAGAGGGAGCGAGACAGACGAAGAGAUGAACACUUAACAGACUGUAGUCCAUCAUCUUUCGCCUGCAUGGAGGAGCUGUCGAUGUAGCGACGCUUGUUGUGCGAGCUUGAAUCGCGCCCUGACUCGGCUCGCCCCGAGCAGCCCUGCCAGUAUGAGCUUGGAAGUUGACGAGGCCACCAUUCUCAAGGCCUACGGGCUCAAGACCAUCGAGCCCGACCGGUGGCACAACACGAACGAAGGCAAAGACGGAGACAGCAACGAUGUAGUCGCAACGUUUGACGGAGAGCUGGAUCCGCUUAACUUGCGUCCUCGCAUGCCGAAUAGCAAUGAUUUUGAGCCGGAAUUGCGACCGCAGCUGUCUCUCUCGUCAAAGGCAUUCGACGCGAAGGUAUUCCUCAGCCAGGUCCAUCCCGAUGCAACAUUUGCCGAUCUCAGCAGAGGUGUUAUCCAUCUAAAGGAGAGUAUCGAGCAGCGGUCCGAAGCACUCAAGGUGCUCGUGCAGGACAACUUUGAUCGCUUCGUCGCGGUCAAAGCCACGAACGACGGUGUCUUUCGUGAAAUGAAAGAGCUGGACCAUGGGCCGCUGAAGGAGGGCCAGGAAUAUGGCACCAAAGAAUUGCGAGAGGUCUUGGGUCAAGCGAGCGCCAAGGCAGAUCAAGUCUUCAUGCCUGUGCUCGAGAACAAUCUCAAGGCUGGCAAGCUGAGAAGCACGCUGGGUGUCUUUGAGCGCUCCAAGUUCUUUUUUAACUUGCCCGCCUCGCUUAGGGAGAGCGUCGAAAGUGGCAGGUACGAUGUCGCGCUCCGGGACUACCGCAAGGGCAAGUACCUCAUGAGCAGCCGGCCAGGGCAGCUGCUGGCAUUGCCGUCCACCGCCGACGCGCUCGGCUUGACGUCCGAGCAAGAUGCCGCUGGUGGGAAUCACAUUGACGAGCAGGGAAAUGUGCAGAACUCGAAAUUGCAGGCACAGCAGAAGCGUGUCUUCGACAAGGUUUGGGGCGCGGCACAGCGUGUCAUGACGGAAAUGGAGCAGAGGCUCUUUGCGAUGCUCAGAGACCCAAAGCGAAGCGUAGAUGAACAGCUCAAGACCAUCGAGGUUGUACUGGAGAUGUCGCCGUCUCAGGACCCGGUCUCUGUCUACCUCGAAUCGGAGCGGACGCACGUGCGAGCUUUGAUGACCAAGACUUACGACAUUUGCGUCUCGCGAGUGGAUGCCUCGCGAGCGGUAGCAAGCGCGUCAACCUCGGUGACAGACGAAGCAAAGGAGCGAGUGCAAGACCUGCAAACUUGUCUCCGUGAAGUUCGCCGGUCAGAUCCCAACUUUGAGGCCAUGGCGGGCGGAGCUGCGUGGAAGAACAUCAGCAUCUUCGUGCGCCGCAUGUGUGAAGUCAUGCUCCAGAACUUGCCCACCUACUGGCGGGUUGUCAAGCAUUACCUUGAUGGCAGAUUUGUCAAAAAGGGCAAUGCUUCAACGGGUGUAAAUGACCGCAUUGCGUCGCAAUGCAAAUCCUGGGCGCUCGAGAGCAUCAAUGAAUUCUGCUCCCUUCUAUCGCAUUUUUUCACCCUGACCGACAUCAGCAUUCUCGUGCGGAGACCGCUCUCCCCGCUCCCGGACUGGGUCCCGAUACCUUGCAGCUGCAGUACAGCUGCGACAUUCAUGCGAACCACACUGGAAGAUUUGGGCGACACCAUCGCCGAGAUGGAGGCACUCAACAUUCCUGGGUCUAGCAACCCUUUGCAAAGUCUACUCGUCAAUGCGCGCUUUCGCUUCACCGAGGUGCUCUGUCGUCUCUGGCAGGAGGAUGCGCAGCAGUUGAGCAGCUUGGAAGAAUGGACGCUGGAUCCGGUCGAGCCGUCUACGACACUGUUCAUCAAUGACAUCGCCGCAUUCCACAAGAGCAACGCGCGACUAGCAUACCUUGUCGCGGGUGGUCGAGAUUCACUCCCUGGCACAACGCGACCCAAAGAAUCGCUUGUCAAAUCUGAGUUUGUCUCACGAAUCAAGGCCUCAUUUGUUGACGCCUUUCGCAUAUCAUUAGAGGGCAUGGUCACCUUAGCAUUUUCAGACUACAAUCCCGUCGACGCUGAGACCACAACGAGCAGGAAGGUGGUAGGCGGCUCCAAUAUCACCAUCGACGUUCGAGAACCAGACACGCGUAUACUCUUGAGCAUCACGAACGUGUCGCAAAUUCAACAGACACUCAUACCGAGCCUGCUCAAGCAGUUCAGUGAGGCGUUUCAGACAUCAGUCACGACCGAGCAAAAACAGCUCAAGGAGCUGGCACAACGAGUCGAUCGAACAUUGUUCGAAGAUUUCGUAAAGCGGAAAGGAACAUCCAUCUGCAAGAUUCUCAAAGACGGCAUCCUGCACAGCGGCAUCGACUGGCGCACACUACCCAAGCCGACUGAGGUGAACCCUUUUAUCUACGAUGCGCUCUUGGCGAUGGUGCAGGUGCAUGCGCAGAUCCGAGCGGUUGCGAAGCAGCUUGUGGAUCGCGCCAUCACCAAUUUGCUAGACCAGCUCGCGCGCGAAACGCUCAAGGCUUUCCAGCAGGUCCAGGUUUUUGGGAUGGGCGGCAUGCUGCAGGCGACGCUCGAGAUCGAGUUCAUCCACCAGACCCUCUCGCCCUUCGUCUCACCUAGCGCGGAACAGACACUGAAGCAGCUGUACGAGACGAUUAGUGAGCGAUAUCAGCGCAAGUCUCCGGACGAGACGGAGCUGCUAAAGCAAGAGCUGGAAACUGUGAAGAAGACGCUAGUCGCAAGUCGCAAGGCUACAGCACUGCAAUUCCUGUGCUUCAGAAGGACUCGCAGCAGCAAGGAGAAGGAGGAGAGUAGCUCAUCGCGAAGUAAGGAAAGAAGGGAAUAGCAUCAUCGUGUUGAGCUGCAGUGUACAUGCGCAAUGUCAUUCAACGAAUCCGACGACCUCCUCCUCCGGUUCGUUCGCUGCUUCUGCCAGACGCCUCGCGAGCACAUCUCCACGAUGAGCAUGAUCUCGUCCUUGCGAACGCUCACGGCUGAGCCCAUGACUAGAGGAACGCUGCUUAUCUUUGUCUUUGCCCGUUGUGACGGACUGGCUACGCUGCCGCUUCUGCCGGCCGUCUGGACGCUUGCGCACACGUUGCAUGGUGACAAUUUCUUCCCCGUCUGCACCCGUCUCGAUGACCUCCUCUUCUUCCCACUCUGUCUCUGACUGUGGCUCAGCACUUCGCUUGGAGCGUUCUCGUCUG